AUGAUAAAGCCAUGGGCCAUCAGUAGGCAGGGGGAUCACCAGGGCUACCUCCCAGCCUUUCAGGACAUGACCAACCUUCACCUUGAGAAACCAUAUCUGGGAAGCUUGCCAAAGGAUUGCAGAGGGACAGAGGAAGCAAGGGUAGGACACCUACAUGCUGCAGCCCAGGACAGGUCUUCAGUGGACUACACAGCAGGAGGAGGAGGAGGAAAAAUGAGCCCAAAGCAGUUACAGCCUGCAAGCCAGAUGGAUGAAAGGGCAGCAAGGACUUCCUUAGAACCAACAGUAACCAGUAUGCAGAGCAGCCAUCCAGGCCUAGAAAACGGUGGGUCUCCAAAAUGGGACAGGGAGCUUGGGAAGGAAGGAAAGCCAGGCAAGAAAAAGAACUAUAAGAGACACCCCAAACCUCCAUACUCCUACCUCGCCAUGAUAGCUAUGGUGAUUCAGAACAGUGCAGAGAAGAAACUCAAACUGUCCCAGAUCUUAAAAGAGAUUAGUACCUUAUUCCCAUUCUUCAGUGGAAACUAUCAGGGUUGGAAGGACUCCGUGAGGCACAAUCUCUCAUCAAAUGACUGCUUCAUAAAGGUCCUGAAAGAUCCAGGAAAGCCACAAGCAAAAGGCAAUUACUGGACAGUAGAUGUAAGCCGCAUUCCACAGGAGGCACUGAGACUUCAGAAUACAGCUGUUUCCAGGCAAAAGUGUGACUUUGCUCAAGACCUGACUCCCUACAUCUUGAAUGACAGAAACUCUGUCAGAGCGCCACAGGAGGUGCCUCCUCCAGCAACUGGCACACAAGAACUGUCUGGUGCCGUGUCUUCAAGGUCCACUUCUGACAAUGAAGAUAAAGACAUAGGUACCAGUGGAGGUAAACUGGAGACGUCAUUUGCCAUUGAUGCAUUGCUACAGAACUUACAGAGCACAGAGGAUGCUCAGAAAAAGUCAGCACCUCAAGAUGCCUUACCUCCAAAUCCAGAGCCUCUUCCUAUGAGGCAAUUUGAGCAUCAUGGCAACAUAGGACCAUUUUAUCACCAUGGAAUGUCGGAGCCUUUCUACAAACCUAAUCUGGUGAUUCCCUAUCCAUACAUGGGAAGCAAUAGUGCAGGGAGCCAUGCUCUGCCUUACCAGGUGGCUUCCAGUAGUUCAUCAGCCAGUCCAGCUACCUCUUCUUCUGGAUCUGAUACAGGUGAUAUUAGCAGGCAAAAGCCAGUAUACAGGCAGGGAACAAAAAGAGCAUGCCCUGAAGAUGAUGAUGAUGAUGACAGUUCCAGCUCUGACUCUGAUGCUGAAAGCAACCACAGUGCUGAACAGUAUACUAAGAAAGCACCACUACCUUGGGAGUUGCCCACUUCCUACACAAAGUACACUCCACCCAAUGUUGUAGCUCCUCCCAGUCACAGGUUUCCUGGUGGGCCUUUCUUCCAGUUCAGCAGUCUACCAUACUACAGCUACAGGGCCCCUUCCUUUGUCAGCCCUUCUUACUGGCAGUUCCUGCCAGGUCCUUCUGCUCCUCUCCCACCAUGUCACCGUCCACAGCUGAUCAUGGACCUGGACAGCAUGCUACAGGUUGUACCUCCCAAUAAAAGUGUGUUUGAUGCCCUAGCUUCUUGUCAAAGUAACUCGUCCAAUUCUACACCUAAGCCCCUGCAGGCUGUGCCCAGAAGUGGAGCCCUGGCCUCCAGUUUCAACCCAUUCUGA